AGUUCCCUUGUGGUGAUCUCCUCUGUUUUAUCCCCUCUUCCUUCAUGGACUCAUGAAGUUCACUUCUAGUUCCUCCGCCGCGACUCCUCGUGGUCGGCCACCACUAGGCCCCGCCCCCCGCUCCGAUCCGCCACGAGACAACAGGGGUUCGCUUCCAAUGCGGCUCCCCUUCCGCUUUCUUGGGCUCGAAUCGGGAUUCCACGAGCUCACUCCCUUAGCUUUUUAGGGAUUUUGCUAGGGUUCUUCCGUUCAAGUCGAAACUUUUUUUUUUGUCUUUCUUAGUUUCUUUGUGGUUACCCCCCCACGAAAUUGGUGUUUUUCUAGGCUUGUUGCGUGGGGAAUCGGGGUAAAAAGCUGCGUUUUUUUGUGCGGUUUCAAGGUGCGACCUUUUCUCGUUCUUCAGUUCUUGAUGGGUUUAGUUUAGGGUUCAUGCUCUGUUUUGAGAGCCCUCCGAUUUCGUCGGAUUUGAUCUGGUAGCUUCACUCUCUUGCUCCAAGGAACCAAAUCGAAAUCCUAGAGCACCCAGAAUCCGUGAAUUUUGUCGGCCAGCCUUUUGCUGGAUAGAACCCAGAAUCAUCAACUGUUCUAAUUUUUGUCACUUUACAUCGGUUUCUUGCCCUCCAGUAGCUCCAAAUUUGACCAACUCCUUGCUUUUGGCUUCAUCCCCCAACUACAUAACUAUGGCCACCACUUCCUCAGAGCCGCCCAUGGUGGAGCAGGUGAUUACCGAGUUCUUCGCCAAGAGCCUCCACAUCAUCCUGGAGUCACGCUCGCCAUACGAAUCAUCACGCAGCUUCACGCGGCCUUCGCCGCCGUCUUCACCUCUGUCUGGCAGCCAGCCACGUGACCGGUGGUUCAACCUCGCGCUCAGGGACUGUCCAGCCGCACUUGAGAACUUCGAUCUGUGGAGACAGAGCAAUCUUGAGCCAUUGGUUAUUGAUAUUGUGAUGAUGCACCGUGAAAGCACCAACACCACCAGUACUGAGGGUGGCAAGAUCAUAGAGAGAUGGGUGAUACAGUAUGAAACCAGCAAGUCUGGAAGUGGCAGCAAGAGCCACAGCAGGAAGGCUAGGCACAGCUCGGCUGAGGAUCACAGCCUGUACAGGAGUACAUACAAGGGCUCAACAGUGUUAUUCAGGUCGCUGCAUCUGGUUGUCAGGCUCUUGCCAGCCUACAAUCUCUUCAGGGAGCUGAAUUCAUCUGGGAGAAUCCGUCCACUGAACCUGUCUCACAAGAUAUCAUCAUUUGUCGAGCCCUUCACUCGGGCAGAGGAUGCUGAGAUGAGGCACUACACAUUUGCUCCAAUUGAGACUCUGUUUGGCUGCCUGAGCUUGUCAGUUUCUUAUGUGCCAGUGCUGGAGGUUGUGGCUGCACCUGAGCGAACCACACCCAUGCCAACCGAGCUUAUAAUGGAUUACGUUGGGAGUCCCACGACAGACUUCCUCAGGAACUUCAGUUCACUGCCUUCCGAUGGCAUUGCACCUCCUUCUGCUGCAAUGGCCAGACGCCACAGUUGGAGCAUCGAGCAUGGAGCUAGACCAUCAGCAUCGCCAUCUCCUGCUUCCAUGAAUUCAGAACCCGGUGGACGCCUACAGCCACGUGCGCUUUUGCAUGAACAUCCUCCACAUAGCACUGGGAAGAAAAAAACCACAGGAUAUGAAGAAUGCUAUCCAUCCCCACCCCUGUCACCAUCACCAUCGCAUUCCCCUCCAGCUACCUACCCAAAAAAUCCUUUGUUCCGAUAUGAGAGUGCUCCUGUAGUUAUUCCCACUGUAAGGGGUGGUGGAGGAGGCAGUGGGCUGCCCCCAUCUCCAUCUUUGAAGGGUAAGCACCAGUCAUCUCAAAAUUACCUGACACCAUCUCCUGAUGGUAACUCAAACACAAGGAAGGAUUUGGUCAGAUUUGCUGAAUUUGAGAAAAACAAGGCCCCGCAAAAGGUAUUAUCUUUUGGUAAAGAUGAUCUGGGAUAUUUUCAUGGACUGAAGUUGACUCGGACCUCAAGCAAACUUUUUAUCACGGAUGAACUGGAUGAGCGGGAGUUGGCAUUUGCAUGGGAAGAUAGAGAUAUCAUCAUUGAUCAACUUAAUAGGGCUUGUAUCUCGGAUAGGGGAUGCCAAGGGGCAAACCAGGACACCGGAGGCUCGGUGAUGAGGACUCCAGCUGCAACCAUUGGAGCUCUUGUGCGAAUGCUCAAGACGGCCCCGGGCCUCAGGGAAGGCCGGCCAUCCAUCACAGCUCCUCCCCCAGUUCCCCAAGAAUCUUCGGUUCAGAGGGUCAUGACCGGGGAACAUGGCGAUGUUGCAUCGAGUCCUGCUUUGAUCCAGUCAAAGACUGCAGCGGACGCGCUGGAGGAGCUGAAGAAAUACAAGGCGAUCAGAGAAUCGAUACUGAAUCGGACGAAAGUUCUGCCCCAGGAUCCCGAGACAGGGGAGAAACCCGUCAAUGGAGAUCCUUAGCGUACAGUAUGAUGAUGAAAAGACGUGUGUGUGUGUACAUAUGUACUAUAAGCUUAUGCCCAUACCUUAGUAGCUUGUAGCUGCUAGGAUGUGGCCAGAAUCUAUAUGUAUAAGUAGCGUGACAUAUACAUGAAAUAUCCAUCCAUCCAGCUGCUCUGAGAUGAAGACCCAGUUAUGGGUUUUGUGUAAAGUUGAAAACUGUUAUGUUUAGCUGCUCAAUCAAACUGUUUUUAGUCCAA